UAUGAAUUAUUCAUAUGAUAUGUAUAAACAGUAAUAUUGUUUUUAGUGUUAUUUUUGAUGACAUAAUCAUCUGAUUUUUGGCCACAUCUACGACAUCAUCGGUCAAAACAAUGGCAGCGAAGACCAGAGUGGACAACGUCUGUGACCUACCGGUCGAGUUGUUGGACAUUAUUAUGACUUAUCUUUCGUACGACGAGACGGCAAAACUGCGAUUAGUCUGUCGUUUGUUUGAUAGCUGUUCCCAACGUCUUCUUAACCGCGGUUUCUCUAAAGUGGAGAAAUAUCACGCAAUUUGUUUCAAACGGGUUAAACAACAACUGCCGAGAAGGGAAUCGGAGCGCAGGAGUCAUCCACUGGCCCGACAUUGCGAGGUGUUGUCGGCCAUUGAGACCAGACUUUCACUAUUAGGUAUGACAUUUAUGAAGUACGUAGAGAUGAGUCUCUGUUGUUUCAUUCCCGGCAAAGUCAUCGAUGAAAUCUAUCGCGUAUUGCGUGUCAUUCAAACCAAUCCAAACCCUCCUCGAGUUCACGAAUUAAUGCAAGAAUUGCGUGACAUAUCAUCGAUGGCUAUGGAGUACUUUGAAGAAAAGAUAGCACCAACUCUUAAAACUAAAUUGAGUGCUUCAUCCGGUAUGAUGUCAUCGGUUGCCUCACUGAGUGCCUCGGCUAUCGGUUCCAGUCAUCGAUCGUUACCAACGACAUCGAGUACACCAUCAGUGGCUAUGACCAGAAUCGGCUCAUUUUCAGACACAGAAAUUAACAAAAGCAAUGCUAAUAACGCUUUAUUCUUACAAAUACAGACCUCACAAAACACUAUUAAACGAGAGUUAAAUGACAUUAAAGUUAAAUUAAAGGAGUUGUCAAACGUUAAGAGAGAUAUAACGACGAUUAGGAAUAAAGUUAAAGAUUCAGAAAAGCUAUUCUUUGAAAAGGAUCAAACAAUUGCAGAAUUGAAGGCAGAACUCGAAGAUCUGAAGCGACGUAUGAAUGAAAACGAAAAGAAAAAUGCCAUUAAUUCCAAUAAUGAACAACCAAUUCAUAAAGAGACUAAACCUGAUAAACGCAAGAUAAAUAUAUCUCCAAAAAUCACUAAUAAACGGAUUCGCAAACAGUUAACAACUGAUGUCAAGGUUAAAGAAGAAGUCCAAACGAGUCUUGUAAUUGAGUCACCAGUCAAACAAACAACUAAAUUGAAGAACAAAAAGUCGACGAAAAGGCCAACUCCUAAACAAAACAAAAUUUCUAACAAAAAGAAAGUUUCUGUCAAAUCAACAGCAAAAUCAUCGCCAAAACAAAUAAAACUAAAGAGUCGUUCAUCAAAAGUGACUCAAAAUAAAAAUAAGUCUAAGAAAUGAUUUAAACUAAUAUUUUGU